CAAUUCCAAUCCAAUCCAAUCAAUCCCUUGCUUGGAUCCAUCCCCACCAAAUACCGUCGAUCUCUAUUCAUCACCUCUCCUAUUCUAUUCGCUCCCCAAAGUCUUCGUCUGGUCUUCCUCCACCUCGACGCAGACAUGGCCGCCGCCGCCGCGUCGGAUCUGGAGAGCAAGGCCAAGGAGGCCUUCGUCGACGACGACUUCGAGCUAGCCGCCGAGCUCUACACCCAGGCCAUCGAGGCUGGCCCAGCCACCGCGGAGCUCUACGCCGACCGAGCCCAGGCUCACAUCAAGCUGGGCAGUUACACUGAGGCUGUAGCUGAUGCCAACAAAGCAAUUGAACUUGAUCCCUCGAUGCACAAAGCGUACCUUCGGAAGGGUUCUGCUUGCAUCAAGCUGGAGGAAUACCAAACUGCAAAGGCUGCUCUUGAAGUUGGUUCUUCCUAUGCAUCUGGUGACUCAAGGUUUACUCGUCUUAUGAAGGAGUGUGAUGAUCGUAUUGCUGAGGAGGCUAGCCAGGCGCCAGUAAAGAAUGCCGCUGCGGCUGUUGCUCCUGCUACAUCUUCCGGGGCUACAACUGUGGUUACUGAAGCUGAGGACCAGGAUGGUGAAAAUAUGGAGAAUGCACAGCCAACGGUAGAAGUGCCAAGCAAGCCCAAAUACAGGCAUGACUACUACAAUACUCCUACAGAAGUGGUACUGACUAUAUUUGCUAAGGGUGUUCCAGCUGACAGCGUGGUUGUUGACUUUGGUGAACAGAUGCUGAGUGUCUCAAUUGAACUUCCUGGUGAGGAACCAUACCAUUUCCAGCCUCGUCUGUUUUCAAAGAUCGUCCCAGAUAAGUGCAAGUAUACUGUAUUGUCUACAAAGGUCGAAAUACGCCUGGCAAAAGCUGAGCCAGUAACUUGGACAUCACUGGAUUAUACUGGUAAACCAAAGGCUCCUCAGAAGAUAAAUGUACCAGCUGAAUCAGCCCAGAGGCCAUCUUAUCCUUCAUCAAAAUCCAAAAAGGACUGGGAUAAGCUUGAGGCUGAAGUGAAAAAACAGGAGAAGGAUGAGAAACUUGACGGUGAUGCUGCAUUGAACAAGUUUUUCCGUGAAAUUUACAGUGAUGCUGAUGAAGAUAUGCGUAGAGCAAUGAUGAAGUCCUUUGUGGAGUCUAAUGGAACCGUUCUCUCAACCAACUGGAAAGAUGUCGGGAAAAAGACGGUUGAAGGAAGCCCUCCUGAUGGAAUGGAGCUCAAGAAGUGGGAGUAUUAAUGAAACCAGAUCAUCCAUGUUGUAAAUCCUGGUCGUAAGUGUUAACAUGGCUGCAGACUUGCAAAUCAAUGUUGGUCGGAUUAUGUGUGUCUUCAUUCUGUUUCCGUAUUUGUAAGCUGUUUGCGUGGCAGGUUAGCUUUUAAGUACUUAUCCUAGUUUUGCGAGCUACAGUUGGUAAUGGAGUAAGCCCAUACCUGUGCAUCUGUGGUAUGGAAGUGCAAAACGUCCGUUGUAACUGGUGGCAAGACUAUCAACUGUGGAACGGUGCUAUUUUUUGUCUGAAA